AUGCCCAGACUCGUUGCAGAUCCCAAUCUCGAACAAUGCCCGGAUUAUUCCUCCGAGGUUUUUGAACCUUGCCGUGCCCCGCUACUUAGUAACGACUUGGACGACACUCAAGCAGCUGCCACAUUGCGUACCUUCUGGCAUGCGACGAACUCAGCCUUGAAAGUCCAAUGGCAACUUCAGCUGGAGUCCGACGCAUUGGAAGCGCAGAAACAACAAUGUUUAGUAGAUGAAGCCGCCGCUCAAGAUCUGGCAGCCAAAAAGCUACAGGACAGCAUUAUCGCCGAAGAAGAUAGGAAGAAGAACCGCAUACACCAAAUCAUCAUUCCAGAUCGCCCGCGCCCCAAGUGGGCCACUGAUGAAGUCCUUGUCGCGGAUUUCGCCUUACGAAAAAUUGACAAGGCUCAAUUCGUAGAACUAUACUACUGGACUAACAAAGGACUCGCUGAUGCAAGGGUAAAUUAUCGUACUUCGGACGACGACAGCAUGGUUGCCACUGCGGGUGUGGAUGGUUCCGCUACAUGGAUAUCUGCGAGCGCCGCUCGCCCUGCCGCGGGUGUGAUUCCAGACCACCUUCUCACUCCACUCGACUUCUCUAGAGCCAUUCCGCGCUUUAUCGCCUCUCUCGAACAACGGGGUUGGCCUGACUCCCGUGUCGUGAUGCUAGCCAACUUCUUUGGUGCCCUCAUGUUACAUAAGUACUGGACUUCGGAGGAUGCGCUGGAGACACGCGCUCUACUCACUUAUCAAGAAGAACAGCGUCGUGCGUGGCACCAGGCCAUUCCUCAGCCGGCAGGGGCCUGGAACAUCUCCAUUCUCGACAAUUCUGAGUUAUCAAGUGUCUACGAUCAGCUCUAUCAUGCCGAACGAGUACGGGUAAAUCAGGAGUUUGAUUUGAAGGUCCGUAGCUUCCUUUCUCAAAUUAUCGUUGUACUAAUGUUCUUCGUUUAA